AUGUCUCGUUUUACAUCAUCUGUAUCCAAAGUAACCGGAGGAGCUGUAGCUAAGCUUUGCAAAAUCCGUGUGGUCCGAAAAACUAUCGCUCGAAUUUUGACGGUGAUCAACCAGAACUACAAGCAGGAGCUUCGCAAAUUCUACGCCGUGAGUUCCCUAGGUCACAAGUAUAAGCCAAUUGAUCUGCGCAAGAAGCAGACUCGUGCUAUCAGGAGACGCCUUACCAAGCAUGAGCAGAGUUUGAAGACGAAGAAGCAGCAGCACAAGGAGCGCGCUUUCCCGCUCAGGAAGUAUGCUGUCAAGGCCUGA